CAAACAGGAGCGCGGGGCGGGGAGGAAGGAGAUGUCAUGACGACGGGAAGGGGCGGGAGGAGGCGUUACUGGGGUAACCGUGGCCUAGAGAGGCGCCAUAGCAACGAGCGCGCGGCCUGAACACAGGGAGAGACACAGAGAGACAGAGCGGCCCCGGACACGAGGAUCAUGUUCAAAAACACCUUCCAGUCCGGAUUCCUCUCCAUCCUGUACAGUAUCGGCAGUAAACCCCUCCAGAUCUGGGACAAGAAGGUGAGGAACGGACACAUCAAGCGAAUCACAGACAAUGACAUUCAGUCGCUGGUGUUGGAAGUUGAAGGGACAAAUGUCAGCACCACAUAUAUCACAUGCCCAGCCGACCCUAAGAAGACACUGGGCAUCAAGCUUCCCUUCCUGGUGAUGAUUAUUAAAAACCUGAAAAAAUAUUUUACCUUCGAGGUGCAGGUGCUGGAUGAUAAGAACGUGCGCCGGCGUUUCCGGGCGAGUAAUUACCAGAGUACGACGAGGGUGAAACCAUUUAUCUGCACGAUGCCCAUGCGUCUGGACGACGGCUGGAACCAGAUCCAGUUCAACCUGUCGGACUUCACGCGACGUGCGUAUGGGACCAACUACAUAGAGACGUUGCGUGUGCAGAUUCACGCAAAUUGUCGGAUCCGUAGAGUUUAUUUCUCAGACCGUUUAUAUUCCGAGGAUGAGCUUCCCGCUGAAUUUAAACUCUAUCUUCCUGUACAGAACAAAGCCAAGCAAUGACACGGUGUGGGGUCCCCAAUCAGAGAUUGUUUUAUAUAUUGACCAGAUCCGACAACGCCCCUUCCUCUAAUUAUUCAGCCCACUUAUGUUGUAUAAUCUCUGCUCCUAUUGGCUGGUGUGAUACCUUACAGCCUGACUCCAGCCAACCACAAGCAGCUCCACUCGCUCCUCCAUUGUAUUUGGUGCCCUGAUCAGUUACAGAUUUCAGAAGAAAAACUAUUUAUAGCUGGAAAGAAUCCAAUCCAGCCCUUUGUUAACUCUUUCUGUUCAUUCCAUUUAUUAUCCUGCACAGUGGCCUCUGGGGGCCCCAGGAAGUGAUGAUAUUUUUGGGAGAGUUAGCUCCCCCAUGCAGUUCAGCUGAAUCUGUUUUCAUUGAGAGAUGAAGGUUUAUUUCUAUAUUAAAUAUUCUAAUUUA